UAAAAGAUGGCUUCCUGCAAAUGCAAAAAGUGAAAAGUUUCGUGUGGUUCAAGGAGUUUUCUUUGCAAAAAUUAACCCCGUAUUUCUCAAUUUCAAGCUUAAUAUAUUCUAAAAAAUCAUCUUCAAACAAUUUUCAAUACCAUUCAAAACGUUUAUUCCAUUUAAAGUGUUUUAAAAAGCCCUUGGUUUACCCACAAUAAAGAAUUCAAUUGAUUUUUGUGCUGUGCUGUUUUUAGUCUCGGUGUGACACAUUUAAGACGUAAUUUCACAAUCGCAUACAUUUGAGAAAAAUAAUUAAAAAUAAAACCUCAACAAGAAAAAAACAGAAUUUUCCUUCCCAACGAAUUAAUUGAAAAUCGUCAAAAUAUUUCCACAAAAUAGCUACAACUACCAGAAGUUAACUAUGAGUAGUCAGCCAAGUCCAGCGAGCCUCAAUCCUCAGGCUGAAACUGAUAAGGUAUUCCAAUGGAUCAACGAGCUAGCCCAUCCAGAAACUCGCGAAACAGCUUUGUUGGAACUUAGUAAGAAACGUGAAACUGUUACAGAUUUAGCACCAAUGCUAUGGCAUAGUUUUGGUACAACAGCUGCCCUCCUCCAAGAGAUUAUUAACAUUUAUCCCUCAAUAAAUCCCGCCACUUUAACUGCACACCAAUCAAAUAGGGUAUGCAAUGCUCUUGCCUUGUUGCAAUGUGUUGCAUCCCAUCCGGACACACGAACUGUAUUUCUGCAGGCACAAAUUCCCUUAUUUUUAUAUCCAUUUCUUCAUACAACAUCAAAAACUCGACCAUUUGAAUAUUUAAGAUUAACUAGUUUGGGUGUAAUUGGGGCUCUUGUUAAGACUGAUGAACAAGAAGUGAUAACUUUCCUUUUAACAACUGAAAUCAUUCCUCUUUGCUUAAGAAUAAUGGAGUCAGGUUCAGAAUUAAGCAAAACAGUUGCGACAUUUAUUUUGCAAAAGAUUUUACUUGAUGAAAGUGGUUUAUCGUAUAUUUGUCAAACCUAUGAAAGGUUUUCUCAUGUUGCAAUCAUUUUGGGUAAAAUGGUUAUUCAACUUGCUAAAGAACCCUCCGCGCGAUUACUUAAACAUGUUGUUCGUUGUUAUUUGAGGCUUUCAGACAAUCCAAGAGCUAGAGAAGCCUUGCGACAGUGUCUUCCUGAUCAAUUACGCGAUGCAACAUUUUCCGGUUGUCUCCAAGAUGAUAAAUCUACCAAGCAUUGGCUUCAAUUGCUAAUAAAAAACUUGGAACUCGGAUCUGUAGCACCAACUGAUCCUCGCCAAAUUGGCAUGUCACCAUUGACCUCAUAAGUAUAAAGCAAAUUUUAAAAUAAAAACUCAAUCCACGCUACAAUUUUAUACACAUAAACCUCCAAAAAAUAAUUACAAAAAUUAAAAAAAAAAACAAACAAAAAUACAAAACUAAAAUUAAAAUAAAUAAAUAUUUUAAAUGGAAACCUCGUGAUAAUUAAAACAAAAUAUUAUUAAAUAAAAAUAAACAGAGGAGACUGUCAAUAUGAUUAUAAUUAAAUUUAUAAACAAAAAAAAACACAAAAAAGUACCUAAUCAAAAGCAUAACAAUACAAAUUUAAUUAAGAAUUACAAAAAUUACUGGCAUUAAUUUUCAUUUGAUUUAAAUAAAAAAAAACAAAAAAUUUAAUAAAAUAAAUUAGUAAAUUAUCAAACCCGUUAAACAAAAAUUAAAAUUAAAAUAUUAUAUCCGAAAAUUUAUAAAUAAUACAAACCAACUACACAUUUUUUCUGAUUUAUAAAAUAAUGCUUAACUGAAUUUAAGGAAUGUUAAUUUUUUGAUCUAAGAAAAUAUACGAUUUAAAGAGUUAUGUUGAUAUUGAUAUUGAUACAAUUGUUGUCCAAUAAACAAAAUUGUAAAACAUUUUAUGUAGAUUCUAAUAUAUAUAUAUAUGUAUAUUAUUACUAUGCGAAAAUAGUUAAUUCAUAACAGCAUAUAUUGUAUAUUAUGUAUGUAAAAUUGUAAAUGUAAAAAUUAAACAAAAACAAAACCUUGCAUAGCAAAGUAGGACUAUCAAAAAUAAAAAUGUGUCGAUAAACAUAGAUUUAAAAAGAAAACAAAACAAAAAAGGACACAUCAAACUGUAAAAAAAACAACUACUUUUGUUAUUUUUGUACGAUUUAAAAUAUCAUAUAAAGAAAUGCCAAUUUAACAAUUAAAAACACAAACAAAUCAUAUAAGAAAAAAUAGUAAUUCAGUAAAAAAAUACAUAUACAAAAAACCCCAAAGACUUAAUUAAUGUUCUCUGUGGGUUUCUUUUUUUCAAAAUGAUGGUUUUUUAAAAGUUCAAACCCAAAACACGAAUAUACGCAUUCACAACGUCUCGGUCGUUGAUCCAUUUUUAAAUUGUCUGAUUUUUGAAUCAGUGCAAAACAACAAUUAAAGUUAUUAAUACUAAUUCAAGGCUGUCCUGUUUUAAAGACUUCAGCCAGUUCAGUCCGAAUAAAGCUGCCUUGACAUAUACAAGUUCACUGUUCACUUCAAGAUCUGCUUUUAUAAAACUACAAAACUACUACUAUAUCAAAAUCUCCUCGUUAGACUCAUAAAAUUAUUAAUUUAAAAUUGGCUUGUUUUGUAUGAAAAUCAAUUUUGUAUUUAAUUUAUGUACAUUGAUUAUUAUUAUUAAUUAUUAAUUACACAUAAACAUUUUUUCUGCCCAUUUCACAUUUAUUAUAAAAAGAUUGUUUCCUAAAUGUUAAGCGAUAUGCUAACAUUUAUUUUAUAUAUUUAUUCAUUAAGUUAGUUUACGUUUUUUCUUCUAAGUUAUAUCCUUCACACACACUCACACCAACAUUAUAUAUAUAUAUAUACCAUGCACACAAAUACAUAAUAGAGUUUGUAAUAUACAAAAUUUAGUUUUAGUUGUUUGUUCAUUUUAUAUAUAUAUAUAUUAUAUUCUAAUUUGUCUCUAAUUAGCAUUUGCUGCGGCUUACUUUAAUAAUUAUUUGUGUGUAUUUAUUUAUUAAUAUAUAUAUAUAUUUUUUUAUUAGAAAAAAAACAAAAAAUGAGAGUUGAUGAUUUUAUAUCAUAUAGCGAUGUGUAACACACUACCAAAAUCUCAAAUUGAGUGAUUGUAUUUGUAAUUAGAGUAUAUUAAUAGUUUAAACCUUAAAUUUGUAUUCCUUAAUUAAUUUUCUUUAUCAAAUUUAGAAACAAAAAACAAAGAAAUGUAUGAAUUUCAUGAUAAGCAUAUAAAUAAAUUAUAAUAUAUAUGUAUACAAAUAUUUUCUUUUUUUUUUUAAAUUAGCCAAAUAAAACCGAAAACGAAAUAAAAAUUCAAAUUUGUAUGGACUUUAAUUAUUAAACAAUGGUUAGUAAAACUAAUUAAAAACAUAAAUAUAUAUAUUAUAUUAAAAUAAUAUAACAACAAAGAAAUUAAUAUUUAACUGAAAGAAUAUGUGAAAUACAUCGCGCAUAUAACGCGAUGAUAAUGAGUAACAAUUUUUAUCCAGUGUGUAAACCUUACAAUGAACUAAUUAUAAAAUAUUUGAAAAAAAUAAAACAAACAUAUAUAUAUAUACAUUAUAUCAUUAUAUUGCAAAAAUUCUAAA